AUGUUCGCGCACAGCGCACACAUUCCGCAGCCACCGCAUACAUCCGGCAAGCCAUACCAAGGUCUUCGUGCGCGUAUCGACCCGGAGCAGAUUCCUUCCCCGGUAGACGUUGCGGAAUACGAUGCGGAGCUAUGGGCAGGCAAACCUCACAUGACCCUUCCUGGCGACCAUGUACCACUGGCAACAACGGACUGUGUUUCCAUCGAUCAAGGCAAUUCUUCACCACGUUUCGUUCGCGCAACGACAUGGCACAUCCCCUACUCUGCCACACUAGCCGACUCUUGUAAGGUACCUAUAGCCGCGAUUAUUCAACCGUUUGCAGGGAUUCAGCCUGGUGAGGAAGAAAUCCCUGAAGUCGACUGUGGGGAGAGUGGGCCAGCACGUUGUGCGGAAUGUCGAGGAUAUAUUAAUCCAUGGUGCACCUGGGUAUCCGGGGGUUCGAAAUGGAGGUGUAACCUCUGUGGCCAUUAUACGGAUGUCUCGCCUGAAUAUUUCUGUGGUUUGGACGCAAACCAAAUGCGACUUGAUCAUCUACAACGUCCAGAGCUGAACAAGGGCACGGUUGACUUCGUUGUUGGUGCAGAAUACUUUGCCGCACAUCCUCCACCGCGUAUUAUGCCAUCUUAUACUACUCCUGAAGUUCCGCCACGAUCGGACUCUACUCGAAUUCCUGAGCCGAUGCGCAUGCUUUUUACAAUUGACGUGUCGCAGGAAGCGGUUCGGAACGGAAUGGUGCAUGCAGCAUGUCAAGCAAUCAGAGGCGUCUUGUAUGGUGGUGAGAUGGACGACGGAACAAGGAUGGAGCCUUGUGUUCCGGACAAAUGUUUAGUUGGGAUUCUAACAUUUGAUACUUCAUUACACUUUUAUGAUCUCUCGAAUUACAGGGAUACUGCAGCUAUGCUUGUUGUGCCAGAUGUCGAAGAUCAAAUGUUUUCGCCUUUGCAAGAUAGCGCGGUGUUUGUUGAUCCACAGAAUUCGAGGAAUGUGUUGGAAAGGCUCCUUGUCUCGAUUCCUGAGCGCUUUGAUGCGGCACCAGGUCAUCUCUGUGCUCUCGGGGCGGCAAUGCGCGGGUGCCUUGCUGCACUGGCCCGACGUGGUGGCCAGGUUAUCCUUUUUCAAUCAUCAAUGUGUUCCAUCGGACCCGGCGUCUCCGAAGCUCGUCUAGACGAGAGCAAGAUGUACGAUACGGACAAAGAGAAGCAACUGUUCAUCCCGCGAGAUACGAUGUGGCUAGACCUCGCUGAGGAACUCGCAGAAGCGGGCAUUGGCGUGUCUAUACUCGCGGGUACUGGUACAAUAGCAUACGUGGACUUCGCUUCAAUAGGUGUAAUCGCUAAACUGACGGGAGGCGACGUCCGCUUAUUUCCUCGUUUCGACCCUCGACGCGACGGUCGAAGUCUCCGGUCGCUCGUCGCACGUAUAGUGUCCCGCGAGGCUGGAUAUUCAUGCCAGGCGCGUGUGCGCGUCUCUCGCGGACUGAAAACGCGCGCAUUUUAUGGUGCCCUCACGGAAUCAUCUGUCUCGCCUGGCGCGCUAACAUUGGGUGUAAUGCAUGCCGACACUGCUUUUGCUGUCGAGCUUUCACAUACAGGUGGUCGCAGUUCUACUCUUGAUACAAGAGAAUAUGCACACUUGCAAUGCGCACUGUUAUACACCGCCAGAGACGGAGUACGACGUUUGCGUGUUCUGAACGUUGCAUUUCAAGUCGCCUCACUUGCUGGUAACGUGUUCCGCUUUGCGGACUCGGAUGCAACUGUUGCUUUCCUUGCAAAAGAAGCUAUGGGAUCGUUAGCGAGUCAAUCUCUAUCAUCGAUUCGUGACACACUCACUGAGAAGUGUUCGAGUAUACUCCUGGAUUAUCGACGGAACUGCGCUGCUGCAACGUCUCCUUCACAACUCAUACUUCCUGAAGCAUUUAAACUGCUGCCACUGUAUAUCCUAGCAUUACACAAGAAUCGUAGUUUACGAGCUCACAAUGUUCCUGCGGAUUUACGGAAUUACUUUUCUCAGCGCCUUCUGUCGAUGUCUGUUCGAUCGAUACUCUAUCAUCUCUAUCCACGUUUCCUGGCAUUGCAUGACCUAAUUGAUACGAUUGCGUUGCCCGUGGACUACAAGGAUGGAGACCCUGCACUUACUUUUGAAACGGACGGAACGCAACUGAGGGGUUUGCAGCUACCAUCACUAAUGCGCAAUACAUUUACUGGUAUGCUCUCGGAUGGCUUAUACCUUAUAGAUAACGAGGAAGUCAUGGUGUUGUGGAUUGGGUCAGGCGUUUCAUCGCAGAUACUCAUUGAUUUGUUCGGAGUCGAAUCUCCUCAUGAUGUAGAUCCGACGAUUAACCGACUACCUGAGCGUCCCUCUCGUCUGUCGACUCAAAUUCGUAAUAUCAUUGCUCAUAGGACAAUGGAGCGUUCCGGUGUCUCGUCGCGCUUGAUGAUUGCCCGGCAGAAUUUGGAUGCUGCAGAGCUUGAACUAAGUGAUAUGCUUGUAGAGGAUAGUAAUUGUGGAGCGAUGAGUUAUAUUGAUUACCUAUGUUUCGUGCACAAGCAGAUCAAUCAUGCGCUAACGAAUAACACCUCUAUUGAAUCUCCAAGCAGCUUUGGUCUUCGUGGGACGCCGUGGUAGGAGCAGAAUAAAAGUAAAUUUUAAAGUAAUAUGUGUUUGCGAUCUAUUGGUACAUAGGAGGUAUGCAGACAGGAUUGUCCUCUUCACAAUAGGACUGUAUAAUACAAUGUGGCUAAAAGCGG